CUUGGACAACCGCAUAAACAUGAUUCCUCGGAGCUCCUCGCGGAUUUCUGGAAUCGGCGCUGGGUCCCCCUGCAGGCCCUGGCGGCGACUCCGGCGCCGCCCCUGGCGCCCAGCCAGCGGGGUCCGGCGCCGGUCCGAGAAAUCCGCGCGGACCUCCGAAAAAUAUGUUCGUGCAGUUUUGGUUGCCUCUCUGGGCAUGCCAAGCAACUCGAUGAGCCCCACUCGACGGGUUCGGUUCAGUCGCCCUGGCGCGAUCGGCGUUCGCCUGUGCGCGCGGCUGUUUCGUGUUCUUGGCUCGGCCUGCUUUGGCGGCUCUCCCGGCUCGACCGGGCCUCGGCCGCCCGUUCGAGCUUAGACGCUCUCGGUGGGGUCCGCCCGGGCCGAUCUGUUGGGCCACCUCCCGCGGGGGCGGCUCGACCGAGUGAGUGCCCGGCACAGGCAGGUUCCUUGCGAGUCCCGGCGGUCGCCCGCGAUGCUGGCGCGCGACGGCGAGGACCCCGGCGAGACGAAGCAGAUCGAGGGCCUGCAAGAGGAGAUCAAUCAAGAACCUCCAGGCGACCCUCGGCAGGAGCAGGGACAAGCUCCUGAAGCUGCGCAAGAAGAGCCAGGAGCAGGAUGCGAGGCUACAGAACUGCACCGAGGAUAUCGAGUCGCUGGAGAAGGAGAGGGAGAGGGCCGGGCGGACCAAGGAGUCGACGACGCACAAGGGCGAGGCGCAGAUGGACCAAGAAGUGAGUCGGACAGUCAAGGAAUUACUCCAGAAGCGAGUCCCCGCCCUGGGUGCUGAUAAGACGGUCGGGUCUGCCGACAGCGACGACGAGAUUGGUGGUGACGAGCAGGUAGACCUGGCCACAUGUGGUGAUAGCACCAAAGAGCACGACACGGUUGUGGUCACCUACCGGAUGCAGACGGGCCUUCACGACGAGGGAGAUGAUAGGGACGCUUACAAGGCCACGUUUCGCAUCGACAGCGAGACAACAGUGCUGGGGCUCCAUAAGGACGUCUGCAAGUACUGGGGCUGCUCCCACGCCGAGCAUGCGCUGGUGAAGUACCAGCGCGACAAGGACAAGGGCUUGGAGGUGAAGAUCAUUUGGGCAAGCGAUUUAUACAAGUGGAACAUCUGGAAGCACACUGAAAAUGACAUUUGGAGUGCACCAGAUUCUGACAAGUCUGACAAGCCUAAAUGUAGUAUCACCGAAGACACCAAGCUGGUUGGAUUUGGCAGUAACAGCAUUUUGCCAAAGGGCGAAAAGGCACAGCUCUCUUUGAUCCAAAGAAAGGCGUUCGACAUCACCAAGAGUAUGCUGUCAGGUCAGGACCUCUCUGAUGACGACGACCUUCAGGACAACACAACUUUGUUCACAGCAUCGAAAAAGCAUGGCGUCAAAUCUGAGCAGAUGGAAGAACCUCACGUGGCUCUUCUCGAACCUUGGCCUGGACUUUACCAUCUGUUGAAGGAGCGUGACGAGAGUUACGAGUACAGGCAGCCGUGGCGCAGAUCCAGGUUAAUGGACUUCGUGUGCUACGGCCUGCUCCUCAUACUCUCAGUCUCGUGCCUGACCUUUCGCAAUGCCCGUGAUGCCUGGGAGCUGCGUCGCGGCGUCAGCGAGACGCUGGUGUACGGGAUCGCCGGCGAGACUUCGAACGCGACCACGGGUCCCUUCACUUCCAUCGGAGCACACGAUGAGAUUUGGUCAUGGCUGUCAGGCACUUUCCAUUACCAGCUUUUCAAUGAGAACUCAACGCUGCGGCAGCACUACGUGCCUGUGGGCUAUCUGAGAUUGCGGCAGCACCGGGUCAAGCCGAGAGAUUGCGGCCACGAUGAGGUGCUCAUGAGCCUGAAGCCGACAACGUGCUACCACGUUCUGGUGGACAGCCAGUCCGAGGAGACGAGUGAUCUCGUGAUCAAUUCGAGUUGGCUGUCCGCGCCUCGAGAGCCCAAUCCUUUGAAAUUCGGCAGCGCCCCUGUGAGCGCACAGCCUACGUAUGGUAGGCUCCAGUCAGCUUACUACGGGUCAGGUUAUAUGAUUGAUUACGACUUGGCGAGAGUUGUCUCAGGCGCUCUAGACACACAAGUCCUUCUUAAUACAGGUGAAAUGUUUCUAAACGACUUGGACCACAUCAGAGACGAGUGGAUCAGCAAGGCAACCCGAGCGCUGGAAGUGGAGGCAACUCUCGCUAAUUACGACUUGGGUGGAUAUGUCGGUGUGCAUUUCGUUAUCGAGUACUCAGCAGGUGGCGCAGUGACCACAACGAAUUGGAUAAAACCGUUUUUCUUGCAUACCAAUUGGACCGACCAGACUGCCCAUGUUCUGGACUGGAUACGUUGUAUUAUCGGCGCCGCCUACAUAAGCUUGGUGGCCCUUUAUUACCAUCUCCACGACAAGGUUAAGUGCGACCAGGCAGCGAUUGGGGCAAGCGGCUACGACAAAAAAAGGAAACCUCAAAGUGGAUUCCGAUACGUGCUCAGUUUUUAUGGUAUUCUUGAUGCGUGUAUUGUUGGCACUGUGGUUGCAACUGUUUACAUGAGAGGCAAGCCUGCCCCGGAUGAGCCGAGUGAGCUCACGACAUAUUAUUCGUACACGUUCGAAGCAGAUAAGCAGGAACAUUUGGCUGUAGCCGAGUCUGCAAUUCUCGCGCUGGUAACUUGUAGGCUGGUAUCUUUCAUGCAAAUGGAUGCUUCCAUCUACCGUUUCUACAAGGUGGUAAGACGAUGUAUCAAUCUGUUCCCGCAUUUUCUUGGUGCGUUCUUGCCCGUGUAUUUUGCGACAGUCUUCAUAGGUAAUGCCAUAUGGAGCUCACAAAUAUGGGGAUUCAGCACCUGGUCGGGGUCGUUCUUGAUGACAUUCAUGACGUACCAGCAGGCCGUUGACGUGUUCGAGCUCAACGACGCCAGUCACAACGAGACGAUACCGUUCGUUCUGUUGUGUUUUAUGACGAUGCAGGUGCUCUUGGUGAGCCUGUUCCUCGCGAUUACUGUCUACGCUUACUUCGAAGUGGAGAUCCUCGACGGUGCCAAUCCCAUCGUCGAGUCGUGGGACCGGGAGAAGUGGCUGGACUGGGCGCUGUGGCCCGGCCUGUUUCAGAAGUUCUGUCCUGGCGGCAGGGUGGGCGCCAGCUGGCGUGAGGGCCCAGUCGAGGACGAGGAGGACGACAGGGAAGGCGACGAUGCCGAAGAUGAGGAUCCGGGUGACCCCGGCAGGACCGAUGAGCGAACACGGAGCAGAAGUGCGCCGUGAUGGUUCUGUGAGGCCGUGCUUGCCGCGUGCAGCUCGGGCAGCUCGGGACGCCGGGGGCGGUGGCCCCGCGUCGCCAGCACAUCCGUGUGGGUGGCCGGUCUCGCCGCGCCCCCUCCCCCCCCUGCUGGCCGGCACUGCCAAGCGGCGCAGCCCGCGGCAGCGCCUCGUCCAUGCCGCAGCCUCUCGGAAUGAUUCUCCCUGCGCUUCGCUGGCGGCAGGACACUUGGGCAUCCAUUCGAGCCUGCGGGCUCGUCCAUGUAGUCACGUUUCAUUCAUUCCUGUACCCGGUGGGGGCUUCUGCAGAGGAGAAGGAGAAGGAAUAGGGGAAAUAGAGAGGUCGGCGGAUUAUUGAAAAAUAAUCAUUGUUGAUCCCCCCCCCUCCGGUGCACAUUGUUCUGGCGGAUACCCGCGGGGUGUGCUGGCAGGCAUCCAGACGUUUCCCUUGGUCCGUACGGCAGGGCCGGCCUCAGCGCGCGCCAGCCAAAGGCUGAAAGCGCGAAGGAGGAGGGGGUGGUGUAUGCGCCCCAAA